AUGCAGUUACAUCCUGAUAUAAAUAAAGAAGAAGGUGCCGAAAAGAAAUGGAUGCGUGUUAAUGAAGCAUAUGAAGUAUUAAAUGAUCCAGAUAGAAAGGCUCGUUUCGAUAGAUUUGGCUCCUUCGAUGUUUUCGAUGCAGCUCCAGAAAACGAUUCUCCCACUACAUUCUUCUCAGAAACUUCUAUUGAUAUAUCUCAAUAUGGGUUUAAGAACGUUACAGAAGACAACUUUGAGAAUUUUACAAAGAAUAUUGGCGAUUACAUCAUUUUAGUAUAUAGAUCUGUAAUGAGCCAUGAAAGUGCAGCAUACCUCUACCAUUUCGCCAAAUUUAAGACUUCAUAUGAUAGAUUAAUCCAUUGCGCCAUUCUUGAUACAUUUACUCAUGCAGAAUUUGCAAGAAAAGUUGGUGCAAAGCGUAAUCCAUCAUUUAUUUUCAUUAAAAAGACAAGAAACACAACAGAAUAUUCUUAUCUCGAAUCACAGAUCAGACAAGAGUCUGAUUUAAUCGAAUUCUGGAGAAAGCAAUACCCAGCAAGGAUAGAAAAGCUUUACAACGUCAAUGAUCUUAAGAAAUUCCUUGCAAAAGAUGAAUUUACACCCCACGUUGUUCAGCAUGUCAGAAGAAACGCUCCAUCCAUUGUUUUCCAGAGAAUGGCCCAUAUCAUUGGCGGAUCAAUGCGUUAUGCCGUUUUCUUGAACGAUUCAUUUGCCGCAUCAAGGUAUUUCAACAUUACGCUCUAUCCAGAGAUCUUAGUCUACAGGAACAAGAACCUCAAGCCCAUCCACAUCUCUUCAAUGAAGAAAGCUCCAAUGGAUAUGGUAAAUUACUUGUUACCUGUCUUAUAUCCAAUCGAUGGCUACACAAUUAACCGUUUCUGCCAGGAAAUGUGUCAUGUCCGAUGCGGAUUUCCAUCAACUUUCGAGGCACAAAAACUUAUUGAUACAAAUAUGAGUUUGGGAUACGUAGAAGUUGAUUCUCCGUUUGCCAAAGUUGCCGAGAUGAAGGAAGGAGAUUGGAUUGCGUUUAUUCCACAAUAUGCAAGCUAUAUUAAACUUAAUCCUCGUUUGGAUGAUAAAAGUACACUCAGAUACUUCCACGAAGACUACGAGAAGCAUAAACUAACUGUCCGCCAGUUCCCAGAAGGCUUUGACAUUACAUUGACUUGGGAAGCGUUAGGUCGUGAAUUUAGCAGAUUCAUGGCCUUCUUCUCAGAAGCGAUAGAGCCGGCCAAGGUAUAUAUUUGGCUCGCAAUUUUAAUGUUCGUCUUGAAUUUCAUUCUUGGAAGAUUAAGACGACAAAAGGCUAAGAAAGAUUAA